AUGGUAGGCUACGACCAUGCCGAGCAAAAAGAGCUGGAGCUACCUGAACUCCCUUCAGGGUCUAGCUCGGGCACGAGCGAGAGUACGACCGACUAUGAGAAACAGAAAGAUUGGGAUCCUCUUGAAAAGGCCGACACCAUAGGGACACUACCGGAUAACGAGGCCAGACAUGGAAAAAACAAGUUGGAACCUCAAGCGAGCUGGCAGGCACACCAUCAUGGCAUGCUCAAGUUUCGGUCUGUCGAGGACGACUUGCCCACCAACUGGUGGUUUGCUUCUACCGCCAUCCCUCUCAUUGCGGCCACGCUUGCGCCCAUGGCCAACCUGAUCUCCAUCACCGCCCUGGUUGUCCCCUGGAGGAAUAGACUCAUCCAAAGCAAGGCCGAGUUUCCGUUGACCUAUCAAGCCACUUCCGUGGGCUACGACGACCCGAAAUGGUGUGUCGACCUCAACAUUGCCUCUCUCGUGUGUGGGUUUGUAGGAAACCUUUUCCUUCUCUUCAAUUUCACCCGGCGCGUCCGAUACAUUGUCGCUCUCCCUGCCACCAUUGUGCUGUUCUACAUCGCCUCUGGCAUAUUAAUCGGCCUGACCGUGUCGAUGAAGCUUCAUGUUCCGCCCGGUCCCGAUGCGGUUUAUUCUCAAGGCUACUGGAACGCCGUCAUUGCUGCCUGUCUCUACAUGUUCAAUUCAAUGAUUCUGAUGGUGAACAUGUGCGGCUACUUCCUGGGUCAUUACCCUCAACACUUUACCUUGACUGACGAGCAGCGCAAUCUGAUUCUCCAGACGAUGAUGUUCUUCAUAUGGCUCGGUGGGGGCGGCGGCGUCUACUCGAACAUCGAAGGUUGGACGUAUCCCGAUGCGGUGUAUUACUGCGACGUCACCAUCCUGACCGUCGGGUUUGGAGACUUUUAUCCCACCACCGACCUGGCUAGGGGCCUCGUGUUUCCUUACUCGGUCGGCGGGAUCAUCAUCCUGGGUCUGAUGGUCAGCUCCAUCCACAAAUUCGCCGGGGAGCUCAGUACCAUCAACGUGCUCCGUAAACAUGUCGAGCACAAAAGAGUUCACACCCUGUCACGGGUGGUGACGGUGGACAACGCCGAAGAAGACAAGAGGCGGGAUAACUUGGAGGAAGAGGUGGCCAUUGAAGAAAGAAGCGGUCGACGGCCGAGAAUCUCAUCUCCACUUCCGAAUCCACAGAUUCAGCAUGACUUGGAUGCGGCCGCUGCGCGUCUCCAGGGACCUCCACUUCGAGAUCCCACGCAGGACCGCCAAAUUGAAUUUGGAAAUACCAACGCCGAAGAGCUGAAGAAGGCAGAGGAGCGUGAGCCGCACCCCAAUCAGUUCCUCCGUUCGACAUUCCACAAUGGUCCGAUCCACAGCACCAUACGGAUGAUCACAAAGCCGCUGAGAAGAACCUUGUCGAGGUCACAGAAGAAGGCGAUCUUGAUGAGAGAGGAGAAGGACAAAUUCGACGCCAUGCGGGAUAUCCAGCUCAAUGCAAAAAAGUUCAAAAAGUGGUGGGCUUUGUGCCUGUCGGUUCUGGCUUUUGGGAUUUUGUGGUGCAUCGGCGCGGUGGUGUUUUGGGUCGCCGAACGUGACACCCAAGCACUCAGCUAUUUCGAGGCGCUGUACUUCUGCUAUGUCAGCUUGCUGACCAUCGGCUAUGGCGAUUUGAGUCCCAAGAGCAAUGCCGGCAAGCCCUUCUUCGUGGUUUGGUCGUUGAUCGCAGUCCCGACCAUGACGAUCCUUGUUUCCGAUAUGGGUGACACGGUCAUCUCGAGUUUCAAGCAGGGGACAUUCAAACUGGGUGACCUGACGGUCCUUCCGAAGGCAGGUCUCUGGCGCGACAUUGUCGUCCAGAAUCCCUGGCUCUGGAACUGGAUGACCAGAAGGGCAGAGAAGAAGCGCCUGAGAGCCGGCCUGCCUUUCGGACCAAACCCCAACGAAGCUGUCCCUGACUUGAGCAUUGACCAGCUCGCCGCAGAGGAACCGACUGAAGCGGAACUGACGCAGCGUCUGGCCUGGGCCAUCCGCAAGACAGCAGACGAUCUCCAGCACGCGCCGGGGAAACGCUACACGUAUGAAGAAUGGUGUGAAUUCAGCCGCCUGAUCCGCUUCACCAAAGGGGGCCUGGAUCAACUGGAUUACGACGAGGAAACUGACGGCGUCGUUGAAUGGGACUGGCUCGAGGAGAACAGCCCCAUGCUGAGUCAGCAAACCGAGUCCGAGUGGAUCCUGGACCGGCUCUGCGAGAGCCUGCUCCGGCUGCUGAAGAAGAACAUGAUUGCGAACGGGAUCAAUCCCAACUCCGAGGUUCCUCGUUCGAGCAAUACAGAUCUCAGUGCCUUCAACUUCAAUCGGAGCGGUACCAUAUAUGAUGACCCGUCGGCGGACCGCAAACCUAACUCGUCAGCGAAAGGCAAGGGCAUCGAUGCGCCUCACUUGCCAACAAUGUCUCAGGAAUGCCAACGGAGAGCAUCAGGGGCUGAUGCCGUGCUGACCUUUUUCACUGGCGAGAGGAAGGGGACUCAUGUAUAUGCUACCGACGCGCCUCAAUGGAGCAAGAAGGCCCAAGAACGCAUGAAGGCACAGCGACGCGGUAGCGCACCCAAGCGAAGGGGACCCUUCAGCAGACUUGAGCACCGUGGUAAGACGGGAGCUGUUGGCGGCGGAAGGGGUGGAGCAGGAAUUCGCACUCUGAAAAUGAGACACUUUACUGGAGAUGGGGAAGGAAAGGGAUGA